AUGGAAGAAUCGGUAAACAGAAGAGCAGUAACAGAAGAACGACAAGAGAAGAAUUUGAGUCAAAUGACCGCAAAAAUUUGCGAGGAUUUAAAAAAAUCGGCUUAUCAUGCGAGGCUGUUUGAAGAUAUACAGAAAUUGGCGAUUACGCCGCGUGUACGGACCGAGGACUUCGGGGAUUCCCUGCUGAAAGCCAUGCAGGAAAACGGGCUGGAAUCCAAUUUGAGAAACACCAUUUACCGGUACAUUAUGUCGAAGAAAAAGGAAAGCAACGCUUACGAUUCCUUUUUCAGAAAAUGCCAAAUACACUGGGACAAGCGGAUUCAUAAAUCUUUGAAUUCCAUGUGCAAUGAAUUGGGAAUAUCUUUGGCUAAACCCAGGACAGCCAAUGAAAGGGAGGAAUUGCUCGCCAAAUGGACGGAACUCAGCAAUUACGAAGCGGACAUUCACAAAUACAGACCAGUUUACGCUCCGAAGGAUUUCCUGGACGUUUUGCUCAAUCUAAAAGGCCCCUUAGAUGAAAAAAGUACAGGUAACGGCGAUUGGCAAUUCACCCAACUACCAUUGAAAGUAAAAAACUUGGCGGAAUUGAGAACUUUCUACGGGGAUCUGUCGAAGGGCGAGCAAAUUUUGACGCCCAGCAACGCCCUCACCAUGCCCCAAACCUUCACCCUGCUAGAGGAAGAGAGAAUAACGCUAGGCGAACGAGUACUAUCCAGGAACUACGCCCCCCUGGCGCAGGAGUUCCUCAAAAAGGGCUGUCCUCGAUGCCUGAGGGCCAGAAUGUGGAGCUUGCUCUUGGGCUCGGACGCUCAGAAAUUCGAAUACAAGUACUUCGAGUUUUUGAAAGAGCACGUCCUCCAGUACGACCUGAUGAUCGAUAAAUUGAUCAUCAAAGACAUAUCCCUGACGGCCUCCAACGACGACCAGUACUUCGUCUUCGAGGAUGUAUUGUACCAGGUGAUGCUGUGCUUCUCGCGCGACUCGGAAAUUUUGAAAAACCUCCCCACCCAGCCGGCCUUCAUGCAGGUGUUGAUUAAGGGCAAACAGCCAUCCGGCGAUAACGGCAAUUCAUCGGGUACUAUCGUGUUCCCGCCCAGCGGCGUUAUUCCUUUCCAUGGGUUUUCCAUGUAUGCUGCGCCAUUUUGUUACUUGUACGAUGAUCCUGUGGAAUUGUACUUUUCGUUUAGGGCGUUUUACUUGAGAUAUUGGCAUCGUUUGCACAGAGUGUGCGGUAGCCCCCAAGGGGUUGUGUCGCUCUGCCUGCAAUUCGAAAGAUUGCUGCAAUGUUACGAUCCAGUGUUAUGGAAUCACUUCAAGAAAUGCAAAAUACAACCCUUGAGGUUGGUGAUAAAGUGGAUAAUGCGAGCGUUCAGCGGCCACCUGCCCCCGGAGCAGUUGCUGUCCCUCUGGGACCUGGUGCUGGCCUAUGAUUCCCUGGAGGUGGUGCCGCUGCUGGCGGUGGUGAUAGUCAUCUUUCGCAAGGAUAACCUGCUGAAAGUGACCACUUUGCCGAACGCCGAGGCCGUUUUGUCCGAUUUAACCACCAUAGCGGUGGUGCCGUUGCUGCAGAUGGCCCUGAUGAAGGACUAGAUGUUUCGAGGGAGGAAAGCGAAACCGAAAAUCGUAAAUUAAGUGGAGAUGGUUUAUUAUAUCGCCGAUUGGUUGGUUUAAAAAACCGUUGAAAUAUUGGCUAUAUUGAUGUUAAUUACGAAUUAAAAUCGAAUUUAAUUACCCAAUAAGAGGAAUAUAAAAAGUCGAAUUUUUAUAUCAAAUUAAUCUUACCUAGCGGAGUACCAAUGCCAAAAAAAUUGGAAAAUUUUCAUUUUUAUGCCAUGUGAAUGGUUUUUAAGAAAAAUUACAUUCGCAACUCUCGCAUUUUAUUUUGGCAUUAAUUGUAAUGUGUUGUGUUAUUUAAAUUAAAAUCAAAGAUUUUUAUUAUUCAUCUUAUUUGCAAGUAUGUGUGUCCCCAAUUUUUAUUUCCCUUAAAAAGCUCCAUUUUUAAAUGUGCAAAAUACAUUCAUAAUCGAACAAUAAAGCUCAAAACAAACAGUA